CUUGAUUAGCUCGUUUUUGUUGUCCUAGGCACAUCUUUGUAGCCCCCACGUUGCAUUCUGAAGGAUGGAUGCAGUUCCAGGCAGAAAGGCACCCAUGGAAUCAGGAUCGGCUCCUGACCCCACCUACUGCCAGCCAUGCGCAGGAGAUGGCAAUAAAUUCCUUCCCGAGGCCUUCUGUCCCGUCUGCAAGGAGUUCCUGUGUUCUAACUGUGCCCGAGUACACCGGAACCAAAAGAUAACCAAAACUCACGUCCUGCAGGAAAAUAGCAAUAUGCCUUCCCCAAACCACGUUGCAGAGAGCGAAGAUGAGAAGUACACAGAAACAUGUAAACUCCAUGCUAGAGAGUUCAUAAAAUACUUCUGUCCCAAUCAUGAGGACCUUCUGUGUGGAGAUUGUUUGGCUGAGAAGCAAGUUCAUCGUUCUUGUAAAGUAGAAAAGAUUUCUCAAGCAGCAAAACGAUACAAAUAUGAUGUAGAAUACAUCGGUAUAAAGACUGGUCUUGUGCAGAUGGUCACUGACAUUAGCAAGCUUUCACACGACAUAAAAACGGGUAUGAAAUCAGUUGAAGAGGAAAGCCUUACCAAUAUCAAUGAGCUUCGCAAAUUCAGGACUGAAAUUAACAAGUACCUGGAUAAGAGGGAAAACGAGCUCUUGGCAGAAAUUGAUCAGAAGAAACAAACAUCCAAGAUGUUGCUAAGUGACCUGAAGUCGAAAUGCACAAACAUAAAAUCAGACACUGAAAAACUAAAGUCUGAGCUACCAGCACAUGAAGCCAACAACAUGCAUCUGUUUGUAGUAGGAAAGCGAGCUAUGAAAGAGCUGGCAGGUCUCCAGACUGCCAUGGAAGAUGUCGACCGGAAGAGGAAAGUUCCCCGGUGCAAGUUUCACAGGGACCCUGCAACUGAGCAGUUGCUAGCUUUUAAAAAUGCAAUAGGAAGGUUGGAAGAGGGUAAAUCAACUUCGGCAUUAUGGCAGCAACAUCGACAGCAGGAGAUGAAGCAGCAACAACACAAACAUAGACUAGUUUCAUCACAGAAAGGGCAGAACAACAGCAGUAUCUAUCAGCAUCUCAGCAGCCAAAACAAUGCCCUGGCCCUACAGUUAAAGACCGUAACUCAAUUUCUUAUGGGAACCAUAAUUGAGCUACGGCAGAAGUCUUUUCUAUCGACCAAUCAGAACCAGACAUUGACCAGCCCCCUCUCCUCCAGGAUAGAGAAGAACAAUGUAGUGUUGGAGGGCGGAGGGCAGUUUGAGGAAGGGAAGUUAUAUAUGAUCGAUGAUCAUCAGGGUAACACCAGGAAAAUGAUCUUUACCAAGGGAGAUUUCAUGCCAUUGCAGGAACCAGAUAAAUCCAAAAAGUUAGAAAUUCAAUCUGGAAAAUUAGCAAGUGCUCUUGAUGAUAGUGAAACAGAGUUCGUCAGUGCAAUUAUUGAUGAGGACUGUAGCCUGUGUGAUGAAGCCAUAUCGGCUUUACUCGAUUUGAAAGAGUAUAAGGCUAAACUCAUUUCUAAGAAAGAACAGGAUGUGGAUAUUAAGAAAGAAAAGGAUGAAUUAAGUCCGUUUGUACAGUUACAGCAUGAACUUCAAAAUAUUGCUCAUGCUCAAGUUAAACAACAACAAGAGUUUCUUGAACUACAAAAAAAAGAACAAAAAGAGUCCCAAAAGAAAGCGUCAACUUCAGUUAGACUCCCAAAACUUUAG